AUGGGUUCCUUAGCUAUACUGGUAAUGCAUUCUAGUAAAUGGGAUGAUGAAAAUUGUUAUGUUGAUUAUACUAUUGAGGGGGUUGUUUUCAAAGAGAAUGCAUCAUAUUCAGAGUUGUAUGAUGUAAUUGCAAAUCAGCUUGAGGUUGAUGUGACUAGCAAGAGACUGAAGAUUGAGUACAAGGCGUUAAAUAUUAACAAGUCUGGAAUAUUCAAAAGGAAGACCUUCAACAAGGAGCAUACAUGUCCUUUGAAGGACAAAGUGUAUUCGCAGAAACAACUAACAAGUAAUGUGAUUGAAGGGAUUAUCAAACCUAAGCUGGUAGAUCACAAAUGAAAGUAUAUGGCUGCGGAGAUACAUCUCGAAGUUAAUGUUAAUUACAUGUGUGCUUGGAGGGCUAAAGAGAAGGCAUUGAUAUCUUUGAGGGAUAUACCUGCAGGAUCCUACAACAAGCUGUCUGCUUAUUUGUAUAUGAUGUCUAUCACUUAUCCAGGAUGUCAUAUACAAUUGAAGAAAACUAUUAAUGAUCAAUUCUUGUACGUGUUUGUUUCUUUGGGUACUUUUAUACAAGGAUUUAGACAUUGCCGACAUGUUGUUGUUGUGGAUGAAAAUUUUCUAAGAGGACCAUAUAAUAGAACUUUUGUUGCAGCAAGUACUAUAGAUGGAGCUGUGUCUGAUAGAAAUGAGAUCAUUAUAAAAGUUGUCAUGAGAGUGUCUUUUGAUGUGCCUCAUUAA